AUGGCAGGUCGCGCAAAUCUCCCGGCCCAUGCGCAGGCGUCAUUGCCCGGCCUUCCGUCUCAUCUACAAUCGGACACUCAUUUGACAGCGCAUUUGGCGAGCAGAUUCCAUGUCUCUCUUCCAACGGCCAAACUCUCCUCACAAGCGUUGAUAUGCCUCAACACGUACACCUCUUCGACGAGAGGGCCCAAUGGGGACACAGAAGGGAGUGCCAUGGGAGAGGCUGAAGAUCUGGCAAGAAGGGCUUGGGCAAGGCUCGGAAGUAGAGCAGAAGAUCAAGCAAUUGUGUUCUACGGAGAAUCGGGCUCAGGCAAGACCACCGUCAGGUCACACCUCCUCUCAUCGUUUCUUUCGUUCUCGUCCACACCACUCUCUUCAAAACUGUCCCUCGCUGCAUUUGUCUUCGACACCCUGACCACAACCAAGACCACCACGACCCAGACAGCCUCCAAAGCCGGGCUAUUCUACGAACUCCAAUACGAUGCUUCCUCUUCGAUACCCACGCUCAUCGGAGGUAAAAUGCUCGACCAUCGCUUGGAACGGAGUCGUAUUUCCCACGUCCCGACGGGCGAGAGGAGUUUCCAUGUUCUGUACUAUCUGUUGGCCGGAACAAGUGCAGCAGAAAAGUCUCAUCUUGGGCUCAAUGGUCAUACGAAUAUCACAACAUCCGGGACUGGGCUGGGCCGAUCUCCCUCUGUCUCCCAGAAGAGAUGGAGGUAUCUGGGUCACCCCACGCAAAUGCGAGUCGGCAUCAACGACGCUGAAGGAUUCCAACAUUUUAAAACGGCCCUUCGCAAGCUUGAGUUUCCCAGAGCAGAAAUUGCGGAAAUAUGUCAAGUACUGGCAGCUAUCCUUCACAUUGGCCAAUUGGAAUUCGGCAUUGGACAGGCCACACUGACCGCUGCAGAAGAAAGUGGUGGCUACUCUCACGAGGGCGGUGAGAGCGUGACUGUGGUCAAGAAUACUGAGACCCUCGCCUUGGUCGCAGCCUUUCUCGGAUUGAGUGUUCAGGACCUCGAGGAAAGCUUGCGAUACAAGACCAAAACCAUUCAUCGUGAACGAGUGACAGUCAUGCUCGACUCCAAGGGCGCUCGAGAAAACGCCGACGAGUUGGCAACAACCUUGUAUUCCCUACUCGUCGCUUAUAUUAUCGAAGGUGUCAACUCGAGAAUUUGUGCCGCGGAAGAGGCCGUCGCGAAUACUAUCUCGAUCGUCGACUUUCCUGGCUUUGCGGAUCAUGCCUCGACGGGCUCGGUGCUUGAUCAGUUGUUGAACAAUGCUGCAAACGAAUCUUUGUACAACAUAUGUCUUAGCAGUUUUUUCGAGAGGACAUCGGAAAUGUUGGAGAGCGAGGAGGUCAGCGUCCCGGCUACAAGCUAUUUCGACAAUUCUGAUGCUGUUCGCGGGCUUCUUAAGCAUGGUAAUGGUCUUCUCGCAAUCCUCGAUGACCAGACCAGUCGUGGCCGGACCGAUGUUCAAUUCUUGGAGAGUAUCCGGAAGCGCUUCGAGAACAAGAGCAAGGCCAUCAGCGUCAGUAGUGCCAUGUCUACCAUCCCCGGCAGCAACUUCGCCACCACGAACCUCGCAGCUUCGUUCACGGUGCGUCACUACGCCGGAGAGGUCGAUUACCCUGUAAACAAGCUGGUGGAGGAGAAUGGCGACGUGGUAUCCGGUGACCUGAUGAAUCUGAUGAGGGGAACGAAGAGUGAUUUUGUGGGCAAUUUAUUCGGACAGGAAGCCCUCAAUACUGUCAGUCAUCCAGCGGAAAGGACCGCUAUUGUUCAAGCCCAGGUCAGUUCCAAACCACUGCGUAUGCCUAGUGUCUCGAGAAAGAAGCACAACGAACUACGUCGUAUGGCAAGCCGAAGAGCUGAUCGAUCACCGGCACCACCAGACGAGGAGGAUCCGAUGCCAGUACUGGAGGAGCAGAGAUCUCGACGAACCAAAACUACAGCAAGUGGACUGACUCAAGGCGCGGCAGCACAAUUCCUGUCGGCUUUGGACAAUAUCGCAAAGUCAUUGACGGCGCCGAAUGUUAACAAUUAUUUCGUGUUCUGUCUGAAACCCAACGACCGGCGAAUUGCCAAUCAGUUUGACAGCAAAUGCGUCCGCCAGCAAAUUCAAACGUACGGAAUUGCAGAGAUCAGUCAGCGGCUGCGCACGGCCGACUUCAGCAUCUUCCUGCCAUUUGGCGAGUUCUUGGAUCUUGCUGAUGCCGAUACUGCUACAAUCGUUGGGAGCGACGCUGAAAAAGCUCAACUGGUUCUAGACCGCAAACAGUGGUCAGGCAACGAAGCUCGCGUUGGCAAUACUGGGGCCUUUCUCAGUGAACGAUGCUGGGCGAGUAUCGCGCUCACGGGCUCUCACAGUGCAGCGUAUUACGGUGGUGACGUUGCACGUCUCUCUAGGCCAGGUACUCCGAACCCGUUCAGCGACUCCAAAGCCAGAAUUUUACCUCCAGGCGAAGGUACACCAGGUUCAUUCGGAGAAGAGACGAAAGGGGGUGGCUACUUCGGUACUCGAGAGUUAGACGCCAGAUCGGAUGCUGGCGCGUCAGCAUUUAACUCUGGUGACAUGUUCCGCAACCUUGAAACAAAGGAGGAACUGGCGGAAAAGGCCAACAAGAAGAAAAUGCAAGAGGUCGAUGUCGUCCCGGUGAGCGGCAGUCGAAAGCGAUGGCUUGCGUUGGUAUACUGCCUCACAUGGCUGUUACCGGACUUCGCCAUCAAGUGGUUUGGGAGUAUGAAGCGAAAAGACGUAAGGAUGGCAUGGAGAGAAAAGUUUGCCAUCAACCUGCUCAUCUGGUUGAGCUGUGGCGUUGUGGUCUUCUUCAUCCUCAUCUUUCCUCAACUCAUUUGUCCCAAGCAGCACGUCUUUUCGGCAGCUGAGUUGUCGGCCAAAGACGGGAAAGAUUCUGCCGGCAGUUAUAUUGCCAUUCGAGGCAACGUCUUCGACCUGGGUGCUUUCAUGCCCAGUCACUAUCCGAGCAUCAUUCCGCAGUCCUCGCUCAAGAAGUACGCCGGCGUUGAUGCGACGAGUCUCUUCCCUGUCCAGGUGUCGGCUCUCUGUCAGGGGGUCAACGGAUCGGUCGAUCCAAGUAUACAACUGGAUUACUCUCAGACCAACAUCAGUGGUUCUGCGAGCGUUAUCAGCUCAACAGACACAAAUUCAAAAUACCACGAUUUUCGCUAUUUCACCAACGAUUCCCGUGCUGAUUGGUUCACCGAGCAGAUGAUCAUGCUUAAAGCGAACUUCCGGAAGGGCAAUGUUGGGUAUACUCCCAAAUAUGUCAAAACCCUUGCAGGGAAAUCGAAGUCGAUUGCGAUUCUGAACAGCAGAAUAUAUGACUUUACCACGUACAACGCGGGCGGACGGACCACUCGGGCUCCUCCGGGGCAAACAGUCCCAGACAACGUUGAUACCAAUUUCAUGGAUCAAUCUGUCGUGGAUCUAUUUACACAACGAGCUGGUCAGGACGUCACCAAAUACUGGGAUGCGCUUACCAUCGAUGCUGACGUGAAGAGUCGGAUGCAAACCUGUCUGGACAAUUUGUUCUUUGUGGGUGUUACAGAUACUCGCAACUCCGCCCAAUGUCUGUUUGCACGGUACAUCCUGCUCGCUGUUUCUAUUCUCCUCUGCAGCGUCAUCGGCUUCAAAUUCUUUGCCGCCCUGCAGUUUGGUGGAAGGAAUAUGCCCGAGAAUUUGGACAAGUUCAUUAUCUGUCAGGUACCGGCGUAUACCGAGGACGAAGACUCACUCCGCCGCGCCAUCGAUUCGGCAGCUCGGAUGCGAUAUGACGACAAGCGCAAGCUCUUGGUCAUUAUAUGCGACGGCAUGAUCAUCGGUCAGGGCAACGACCGUCCAACGCCACGCAUUGUCCUCGAUAUUCUAGGCGUAACUGAGACCGUUGAUCCUGAACCUCUGAGCUUCGAGUCUCUUGGCGAAGGCAUGAGACAACACAACAUGGGUAAGGUAUACUCCGGACUCUAUGAAGUGCAGGGACAUAUUGUUCCGUUCAUGGUUGUGGUCAAGGUUGGUAAACCGUCCGAAGUGAGCAAGCCCGGCAACCGAGGCAAGCGAGAUUCACAAAUGGUUAUCAUGCGGUUCCUUAAUCGUGUUCAUUACAAUCUGCCGAUGAGCCCGCUCGAGCUCGAGAUGCACCACCACAUUCGAAACAUCAUCGGAGUGAAUCCUACCUUUUACGAAUUUAUGCUACAAAUUGACGCGGACACUGUGGUUGCGCCAGACUCGGCUACACGCAUGGUGGCAGCGUUCCUCCGUGAUACUCGGCUGAUAGGAGUCUGUGGAGAAACGUCGCUGAGUAACGCCAAAUCGUCCUUCAUCACGAUGAUGCAGGUGUAUGAGUAUUACAUCUCCCACAACCUGACCAAGGCAUUCGAGUCCCUGUUCGGCUCGGUUACGUGUCUGCCCGGUUGUUUCACAAUGUACCGCAUUCGGGCGGCCGAGACUGGCAAGCCACUAUUUGUGAGCAAGGAGAUCAUCAACGAUUAUUCCGAAAUUCGAGUCGAUACGCUGCACAUGAAGAAUCUGCUGCAUCUGGGUGAAGAUCGGUACUUGACGACUUUGCUUAUGAAAUACCACAACAAAUACAAGACCAAGUAUAUCUUCCAUGCCCACGCCUGGACUAUCGCUCCUGAUAGCUGGACGGUCUUCAUGUCUCAGCGACGUCGGUGGAUCAACAGUACGGUGCACAACUUGAUUGAGCUGAUUCCUCUCCAGCAAUUGUGCGGCUUCUGCUGUUUCAGUAUGCGGUUUGUGGUUUUCCUAGAUCUGCUCUCCACCAUUGUGGCGCCUGUCACAGUGGCUUAUAUCGUGUACCUGAUUGUCCUUCUGGCGACUUCCUCGAGCGUGGUACCAAUCACCGCGUUUAUCCUUCUGGGGGCCAUUUAUGGUCUUCAGGCCAUUAUUUUCAUUCUUCGUCGCAAGUGGGAGAUGAUUGGGUGGAUGAUUGUGUACAUCCUGGCCAUGCCCAUCUUUUCGUUUGGCCUGCCGCUGUAUGCUUUCUGGCAUAUGGAUGAUUUCAGCUGGGGAAACACUCGUCUUGUCACGGGCGAGCAGGGCAAACAAAUCUUGAUCUCUGACGAGGGCAAGUUCGACCCCAACUCGAUCCCGAAGAAGAAAUGGGAAGAAUAUCAAGCCGAGCUGUGGGAGGCGCAGACUCAACGAGAUGACACCAAAUCGGAAGUGUCAGGGUACAGCUACGGCACCAAAUCGUACCAUCCUGCAGCCUCUGUAUACGGUGGUGGCCAUGAUACGCAGCACUUGAUACCUCAUUCGCGAUCUGUCUCACAGCUCGAUCUGCAUCAGUCCAUGUAUGGUGGCGGCUACAACCAGUCACGAAUGUCGCUCGCACCAUCGGAAAUGCUGGGUGGUGAGAUGCUGCCUAGUGGUCGGUCGGUGGCCGACAUGGAGAUGGCCGACUUGACCGGACUUCCUAUGGACGACACGAUCCUGAACGAAAUUCGAGAUAUCUUGAGGACGGCCGAUCUCAUGACGGUGACGAAGAAGGGGAUCAAGUUGGAGUUGGAACGCCGCUUCAACGUCAAUCUCGACGCGAAGCGGGCGUACAUCGGAAGUGCCACCGAAGCCAUCCUUUCUGGACAAUUAUGAGGUGUUUGUUACACGAUUGAUAGCGUUUGAGUAUUGGGCUGAUAGAUAUAAUCCUGGUGUUUGGCAAAUGUGUUUGA